AGUGGGUUAAGAACCCACAUACAUGAGGAUGAGGGUUCAAUCCCUGGCCUCUCAGUGGGUUAAGGAUCCUGUGUUGCUGCAAGUUGCCACAAGCUAUGGCACAGAUCUCAAAUGCAGCUCCAAUAGGAGUAAAGUUGUAAAACAAUAUGUCUUUAUUUGCAUUCUGGCAAAUGAGAAUUCAUCUUUCACCUCAACAUCAGUCAUGAAGUAAUCCAUUCCUUGGCAAGGACACAGAGUGUCUGAAGAGGAAUCUGUUUGAGCUAUUAGUGAAUACCAGUGUUUUUUGUAAAGACAGCAUGGAACUCUUCCAUUAGUUUAUCCUGGUGCUUUCCUGCUUGCCAUCCGAUCACAGAAUUUAAAAGAAACAAGGACUUCAUGCACAUUCAGAAAUCAGCUGUACAAAGAAUUGAAAGUCAGAGUACUAAAGGAGUCACAACAGUGAUAUCACACUUGAAUUUUUUAUUUUAUUUUAUUUUUUAUUUAUUUUUUAUUUUUUGGAUUUUUUUUUUUAACAUGAAAACUUUAACACUGAGUUUUUCCAUCAUAGUAAUAACAGAGUUUGUCCUCGGAAAUUUUGCCAAUGGUUUCAUAGCACUGGUGAACUGUAUUGACUGGGCCAAGAGAAAAAAGAUCUCUUCAGCUGAUGGAAUUCUCACUGCUCUGGUGGUCUCCAGAAUUGGUUUGCUCUGGAUUAUAUUAAUAAAUUGGUAUUUAACUGUGCUUAAUCCAGCUUUAUGUAGUUUAAAAGUGAGAAUUAUUGUUCAUAUUGCCUGGGCAAUAAGCAACCAUUAUAACAUCUGGCUUGCUACUAGCCUCAGCAUAUUUUAUUUGUUCAAGAUAGCCAAUUUCUCCAGCCUAGUUUUUCUUCAUCUAAAGUGGAGAGUUAAGCAUGUACUUUUCAUGAUACUUCUGGGAGCUUCGUUCUUCUUGCCUUUUCAAGUUGCAGUGGUGAGCUUAAAAGACAGUAUCCAGAGAAAUGAAUAUGGAGGAAACAUCACUCAGAAAACCAAAUUGAGGGACAUUUUACAGCUUUCACAUGUGACUCUGAUCACUCUAGCAAAUCUCAUACCCUUUACUAUGUCCUUGAUAUCUUUUCUGCUGCUAAUCUUUUCCCUGUGGAAACAUCUCAAGAAGAUGAAGUGCAAUGGCAAAGGAUCCCAAAAUCCCAGCACCAAGGUCCAUAUAAAAGCCAUGCAAACUGUGAUCUCCUUUCUUUUGCUACUUGCCAUUUACUUCCUGACUUUAAUUAGUUCUGUUUGGAGUUCCAAGAGACAGCAGAAUGAACAGGUCCUCGUGCUUUUGCAGGCCUUUGGAAUCCUCCAGCCUUCAGUCCACUCAUUUAUACUGAUUUGGGCAAACAGGAAGUUAACAAAAGCCUUUCUGCCCUUUCUGUGGCCACUGAGGUGCUGGCUGAAAGAAAGGAAAUAAGGGGCCAUCUUGUGUCUUCCAGUGAAAAAUAAACUGAUAGUGAUUUUAACAUUUUAUAACUUCUACUUGUUUUAUAAUGUGCAUAUAAUUGAGUAAUUUCCAAAGGUUAACUGAGAAAAGUCUUUAACCUAAGCUUAUCACAAAAUGAGUAUACAUGUAUAUUUAUAUAUUUAUGAAAAAUUAAAGAUGGUAAGAUCACUAAACCGUUAACCAAUAUUUUUCAGGUAAGCAAUCUAGUUUUACAAAAUAUUGUGUGGAAUUCAUUAGAAUUAUGAAGCAAUGUGUUUUUCACAUACGUAUUUCGUUAUCAUCGUCCAAAUGAAGAGUUUAUGAUCUAUAUGUAGUUUAAAAGUGAGAAAUAAUAGAUGAUCUCAGGAAAUUAUUACUAUUUCUCACUCUAAUGAGUACCAUAGCGUGUUUAGAUUUUUUUGUGGAGAUGCCAAUCUUUUGGAUGGUAAUGAUAUUCAAUUCUAAAUCCCACAUCAAGGGUAUAUAUUUGGGAUAGAUGUUGUUCCUUCAUGAAUUCUUACAGAGAAUAAUUAGAGCUCUUGCUAGGAAAACAUGCCCAAAAUAAAAUUAAAGAAUAACAAUCAUAUUUAGAAUAAAUAUUUAAAUAUGUGUACAAUCAACUGUACUGAGGAAUAGUAGAUUUUUAUAAGUAAGCAAAAAGAUAAGAAAAAAUCAAGUUCUACGAUAAGGAUGAGAAAGAAAAUAACAGUCAUGACUCAUUUUCAAUAUUGCCGUAUUUCCACAUGCAGUUAGGAAAAUAAUUUCUUACAGUUUUUUAAAAAAGGGGCCUAUUUUGAGUUGAGAUCUGAUGUCAGAUCUCAGUUUUCUAUAAAACCAGCUUUGGGCCCCUGAAUUCCUAUUCAUCUCCUCCCUCUUGCUAUCUAGAAAUUUCUUUUAAACUUCAGAGAAGAUGACUCAGAUCUUCACUAUCUUAAAAAUACAUCUAAUGCAAAAAUAGUAAGAAGAUAUAGUGCAUAACUCAAUGAUCUUUCUGCAUGUAUUAAAGUGCUAUCUAUGAUGUUUGUGUAAUAAUUAUAAAGAUGUCUUUAAGAACUUUUAUUAUAAUCUUGUGGAAAAUGAUGAAAUAGAAAGUGUGUGGACAUUAUUAUUGAUGACAGUUUUCAUUAUAAGGAAGAAAUGUAUAACUUUGUUCAAGAACUCAAUUUACAUAUCUAUAUUAAUCUGUAGUAUUGUGAAAUUUUAACAAUGUUAUCUAAACCUGAAAAUGAAUCAUUUCCACAUAUGCUUUAUUCAUUGUUUUUAGUCAUUUGUCUGCCCCAGCAGAGUAUAAGUACUAUAAUGUGGGGAUCAUGUUUAUCCUGCUUCUUGCUGACUUUGCAGAGCAUAAAAGCUAGUCAAUGGAAGAGUUCGUCCAAAUGAUAUUCUAAACACUAAAUGGACAAAAAAAAAAAAAAAAAAAAAAAAAGAGGGCUGGAAACCAAUGAUAUUGCAACUCAUCACAAUCUCUGCAGGUGACAUGGAUUCCCUCCUUCUGUUUCUUCACCUUUCAAAUGUCUCUACACAAAUCUACACAGUCUCAGUUCCAAUUUCUGCAUUAGACUGGGUAGACAAACUGCUGUGACGAAUAGGCUCCAAAGCAUAAAGUGACUCAAACACUGUGUACAUGUAACUUUGCUUGUGGGAAAGUACUGAUAUGUCUGAGGAGCCUUCUGCAAGCAGUUAUCCAGGAAAUCAGGUUGAUCAGAAGUAUACCAUUUUCAACAUGUUGCUUUCAAGAUUGCUUGGAAUCAUCUCCAUUCAAGACAGCUGGGAGAAAAAGACAUAGGGAGGAGUGUGUAUGGGGAGACUUUUGGGGAUGCGCCUAAAUAUGAUGCACAUAAUUUUCACUUAUAUGACACUGUUAAGAUUUCAGUUACAUUGCCAUAACCAGCUGUAAAAGGGGCUGGGAAAUAUAGUCCCUCUAAAGCCAGGAAAGAAGAGAAGACCACGGAAUUUAAGACAUAGAAGUUGGAGGGCACCUAAUCCCAUUUCAAUUGAAAGAGCUAACCAGUUAAUGUAAAACAAAACAAGUGCCUCCACUUAGAAGCAUGGUGUAGCUUGUUCACGUUAUUUGGAUCCUAUGUACAUAUCUUUCCAUCAAUCUCGAGUUCUUUUUCUAUUUGUUGACAAAUUCCAAAGACUUCAAAUUCAUCCUACAUGUUGAUAUCUUCAUAAAAUCUAAUUGAUUAUACACUGUAGCGUUUGUAGU